AUCCGAGACACACCCAGAGCGUUGGUUAAUUGAACACGAUCGCCCUCGCCAUCGUUUUUCGUUGUCUACGCUUGAAAAUGACCGGGGCUUCUCGUGUCCUUGGGCGCCUGCGGGCUAACAGCUCCGCCCUGUUCGUGUGCGACAUUCAGGAAAAGUUCCGGCCUGCUAUUUCCGGCUAUCCCACUGUUAUUGAUACAGCGCGCCGAAUGGUUCAAGGCGCUGACGUGCUAGGAAUCCCAAUCCUGGUUACCGAGCAGUAUCCCAAGGCUCUAGGCUCCACUGUGUCUGAGAUCGUUCUGCCCUCUGGCACGUCGGUGUUCCCCAAGACGAUGUUCUCCAUGUGCACCCCUGACGUCGAUAACUGGCUGGAGUCCAAGCCAAAUGUCCGCCAGGUGAUGCUGCUUGGCAUCGAGGGGCACGUCUGCGUGCUGCAGACGGGUCUGGACCUGCUGGAUCGUGGCUACGAGGUGCAUCUCCUCACGGACGGAGUCUCUUCCACGCGGCCCCACCACCGCGCUACCGGCAUUCAGCGACUGGCGCAGGCGGGCGCGCUGAUCAGCAACAGCGAGCUGGCUCUGUUCCAGUUGAUGGGCGACGCCAAGCACCCGCGCUUCAAGGAGAUCUCGGCGCUGGUCAAGGAGGGGCAGGCGGUGGAGCCCCUGCACAUGUCCCUGCUGUGAGGGGCGUGUAGCUGUCAACGCCUUAUAUGACCCUGCGUGAAGGGGCGGGACACGAUGGCUGCCAUGCGAGCGGGCCGCCGUUUUGCAAUGAAGGGGUAAAUAGGCACGAUGCCGGGGAGACGGAGCACGUG